GAAAUUCUCUAAAUUAAAGUUUAAAAUCCGCAAUUAUUCCAAAAUGGCAGAGGAAAGACCCAACAUUUUGAUUGAAAGGAACGAAGUAAUUGAGAUUUUGGUUCGAACCAUGAUUGGUGAAUACAUUCCUUUGAGUGUAGAGGUUACUUCCACUGUGGAUGAUGUUAAAAUCAUGCUUUACCAAGUUACUGGAGUAUUUCCUGAUCAGCAGGUUUUAGUAUUUCUUGGAGAUGAAUUAGAAGACGGGAGGACACUUAAAUCAUACAGAAUACAGGAGAGUUCCGAGUUAUCUCUGAUGCCUCGGAUCAAUGCUGGCUUCCAACCAACACCAUUAUAAUCACAAAAUGGGUUUACCUAAACAAAUUGAAAUAAACCUUUGUUUUGAUUGAUAA